CUCCUGACGCUGCAGGGGAGGUGCGCUGCUCAUUGUGGCGCUCUUAUCGGAGACUCUCAAAGAAAAAGGGAGCAGCAUAACAUUAGUGACUAUGGAUCUACUGACGAAGGGAGAACUGUACUGACGAAGGCAAAUAUACUGGCGAAGGGAAACUAAGAACUCACUGAAGAAAAAGGAGAAAAUGUGCUAACGAAGGAAGACAAAAAUUACACUGAAGAAGAAAAUUUUCCACUGACGAAGAACAGCGAGAAGAUACUAAAGGGCGAAAAAAAAAUAAUCUACUGACGAAGCAGGAAUAAAGAUUAGUGUCGAAAAAAAAAGAGAAAAAAAGAAUAUACUGGAGACGGAACCAAAUCUGUACUGACGAAGAACACCCAAGAACCAAAGACCCGAAGAAGAAAAAGAAAACACACCUUCAGGAGCACGAUGACGGGAAGCGUGAAGGGAAGAGCAAAGAAAACGGUGGAAUGGCAACCUGCAGGGGACGAGACGUGUGAUCCCCAGCAGGAGGACAGCCCCCCUGCCUAUUACACCAUGUACCCAGAGACACCGCGCCCGACGAAGGAUACACUCACCAGCAUGGACCAUCAACACACCACUCAGGAGAAAUGUGAGACUAAAGGAAGCACUUCAAAGGAUAAACAAACUUCUGACGGAGGGAAGAAGGUGGAACAGAAGACACUAGUGAAGAUAUCCAAGGAAACGAAAGAGAAGCUGCUGGAGAAGGCCCAUGGAGCACGCGCCACCCUCAGCGACUUCUGCAGGAAAACCACAGCACACGGCUUCAAUCACGUGGUCGAAGAGGACGUGCCACUCUUACUGCGGGUGUUCUGGCUUGUCGUCACCCUCAGCAGCCUGGGCGCCCUCCUAUCAGUAGCCUACAGUGUGACCCGGGAAUCCUUCGUCACCAAGCGACCCUACACGGAGGUAACCUACAGGGACAGCAGGAAGAGCGGCCUGCCCUUCCCCGCCUUCACCGUCUGCAGCCUGUCCCGUUUCUGGAAGUCCAAGAUGAACGAGUACAACGUGAGCAAGUCCAUGGCGUCGUACAUCCUGCUGGCGGUGGGCGGGCCUGAGGUGGUGAGCAGCACCCUCAAGACGGACACACGCAUGAUCAGGGUGUUCCAGGACGAGCUGACAAACUUCCUGGAGGAGCGGAACCUCACCCUCAGCCAAAUUAUCACCCUGCUCUCCCCCACAUGCGAGGACGUGGUGGCAGGUUGUUACAACGACGUGGAAAGCUUGCCAGGGAAGUUGUGCUGUGAGAGGAUGUUCCGGCCCAGCAUCACCACCCUGGGCCAGUGCUUCUCUACCCUGGGCGUGACGGGGAACACCUCCACCUACAUGCAGACCACCGCGGGGCUUAUUGGCGGCACUCGUAUCAUCUUCACUAUCAACAAAGACGAGUAUAUGGAGUACGACCCUAACGUGGUAUCAACGACCUCUCUGAACGAAGUCGGCAUCCACGUGUCUUUGUCCUACUUCGACGUGAAACCGACUGUGGCCUCCAACAUGCACGCAGUCCGCAUCGCGCCUGACACCUCGGCCAACAUUGCCCUCUCCAUCACCAGGAUAGACCACCAGGAGCGCUACAUCAGGGACUGGCCGUGGAGCAGCCAAUACGCUGACUGUGUGAUGGAGCAUGAGUACAAAAACCUGACGGAGGAGAGACAGAUGAACACAGAGAACAACUUUUACUUCGCUCUAAUGUAUCGCCACUGCCUUCUGCUGCAUGCCAACUGUUCUGCCAUCCCCAUGAGGCUAACUGACGACCAGACGGCCGAGUGCAUGCCAGACCAGGUUAUCCAUCACCUCUUCUUCGAGAACGAGGUGAAGGCGUGUGUCCUCAAGAACCUCUACCAGUAUGAGAACGCGAGCAAUCGGCUUUGCUACACCACCUCCCUCACCAGACAACUCAGCUACACAGACCUCAAGAAGGACAGCCUGCAGGAGUACCGUCAGUCACCAAAGUACGUAGACAGGUCGUCUCUCGCAAUGGCCGUUGUGUAUUACUCCGAGUUGGGCUACACGGAGUAUUAUGAAAGAAUUCCCACUUUCUCCACGUGGUUCAGUGAUCUAGGCGGUCAGAUGGGCCUCUUCAUGGGGGCGUCUUUCAUCACGAUAGUGGAGCUGUUCUUCACUGCUUGCUACGUGGUGCGGGUGGUGGUGUGUCGGGCCGCCAGAGUCAUACAUGCUAAACUAAGCUCUUCUAAAAACUCCACGGGUUAAGAACCAAGAUCGGUUUGAACAGAGUAACAUAGAAAAAUACGGCGAGGCGACACGAAGCCAUCAGGCCUACACGGGGCGGUCACUGUAUGAAAUGUAUACCUAAAAGCAGAAAAGUAUCACUUUAUUGGCUUGAACGUAAGAAGGUAUGGGAAGCUGCAAAAUGAUAGUCUGUAUGAAACACGUCCACCUAUUUCCACCUAUCACCACCAUCCACAUG